CAUUUUUCCGCGCCCCUCGACGUCGACGUUGGCGCAACCAAACCACCAUGACGAAGCUCUGGCUUCCUAGGGGUCUCGGUAGGCCAAUCCGGCAGACAGCCCGGAAAUACAGGGGCAAUUGUAGCAAGAGCAGGACUUUUGCGACGGUCGCAUCCGAUUUGAGGCCAUUCGAUGUAAUCGUGGUUGGUGGAGGUCAUGCAGGCACCGAAGCAUGUGCAGCCGCUGCCCGCGCGGGCGCCCGGACGGCACUCAUCACUCCCGACAUCAACAAUCUCGGUGUCUGCUCGUGCAACCCGAGCUUCGGCGGCAUUGGAAAGGGCACAAUACUGCGCGAGAUCGACGCCCUCGAUGGCCUCGCCGGGCGCAUUAUAGACAAAGCAGGCGUGCAGUUCAGGGUGCUGAACCGCAAGAAAGGCCCCGCCGUCUGGGGACCGCGCGCCCAGAUCGAUCGCGCCCUCUACAAAAAGUACAUGCGCGAGGAGCUCGAAUCGUAUCCAAACCUCUCCAUUGUUCUCGGCAAAGUCUCAGACAUUGUCAUUGCCGAGAACCACGACGACCCCGCUGCUGGUGCAGCAAAGAGCAAGAUCACGGGCGUGCGCCUCGAGUCGGGCGAGGUGCUGCCCACAAGCCAGGUGGUCAUCACCACGGGCACUUUCCUGGGCGGUGAAAUACAUAUCGGACUGAAAGCGUUUCCCUCUGGGCGGAUGGGGGAGGAAGCGACCUUUGGAUUGAGCAAAUCACUACGCGAGGCCGGCUUCCAGCUGGGGAGGUUGAAGACGGGAACACCUCCACGGUUGGCCAAGGGAAGCAUCAAGUGGGAGAUAUUAGAGGAGCAGUUCGGCGACGACCCUCCAGUACCCUUCAGCUACCUCAACGACACCGUCGCCGUGCAGGAACAGCUGAGCUGUUUCGCGACCUAUACCAAUGCGGCCACGCAUGACGUGGUGCGUGCCAACCUCGACAAGACGAUCCACAUCCGCGAGACCGUCAAGGGCCCGCGCUACUGCCCGUCGCUCGAGUCCAAAGUGAUUCGCUUUGGCGACCGCGAGCGGCACAUCGUCUGGCUCGAACCCGAGGGGUUUAACAACGACGUCAUCUACCCCAACGGCCUGAGCAUGACGGUGCCCGCCGAAGCUCAAGAACAGCUCCUACGAACCAUCCGCGGGCUCGAGGACGUCGUCAUGCUGCAGCCCGGGUACGGCGUGGAAUACGACUACGUCGACCCGCGCAGCCUCAAGCGGACCCUCGAGACAAAAGCCAUCCGCGGCCUCUUUUUGGCCGGGCAGAUCAACGGUACGACGGGCUAUGAAGAGGCCGCGGGCCAGGGCAUCAUCGCGGGCAUCAACGCGGGCCUGUCGGCACUCGGCCGGGAGCCCGUCACACUGUCACGCGCCGACGCCUACAUCGGCAUCAUGAUCGACGACUUGGUGACCAAGGGCGUGUCAGAGCCGUACCGCAUGUUCACGUCGCGCAGCGAGUUCCGGCUGUCGACGCGCGCCGACAACGCCGACACGCGCCUGACGGGUGCCGGGAGGGAGUGGGGGGUGGUCGGGGAAGCGCGAUGGCGUCGAUUCCGCGACGACCAGCAGCGCGCCUCCGACCUACACAAGCUCCUCCGCGACACCCUUUGGACACCACAAGCCUGGCGGCGCGCGGGCUUGCCCCUCCCCGCCAGCGGGGACGACACGCGCCGCCGCGACGGCGCCGAGGUCCUCCGCCUCCCUGGAAUCCAGCCCGCCGACCUCUGGCGCGUACUACUACUCCCCAACAAGGAACUCAACCCGGACGACUUCCCGGCCCGCGUGCGCGAGCGCGUCGUCGUCGAGGCCAUCUACGCCCCCUACUUGCGUAUCCAGCAGGUCCAAGCGGAGCGCAUGCUCCGCGACGAAGGUUUGACCUUGCCCGUCGACCUUGACUACGACUCGCUCGUGCACCUGUCCAUGGCCGAGCGCGACGCCCUGAAGGCCGCCCGCCCGGAAACCAUCGCCCAGGCGAGGAGGGUCGAGGGCGUCACGCCCGCCGGCGUGAUACGCCUGCUGAGGUAUGCUAGACGGUCAGGAGGGGAUGCUACUAGUGCUAAGGGGCAGGCGGUUGAUACGGUCGAGGGGCUGGAUGUGAGCGGUGUGGAGGAUUUGGAGACGUUGGAUGCCAAGAGUAGAGUUGCUGAGCUGUGAGAGGUCUUCUGUUUGCUGUCCUAGGAUGGAUGGUGUGUAUACCAGGAAGGAUUGUGUUCCAUUUUUUCCGCCUCUGGGCGGCGUAUCCAUAGAUCGCAUGGCGCCGACAACCUUAGGGAAUAGCGGCUAACAUCACCGGUUCGGCGUUGCUGUGGGAUUUUAAAGAAUGAACUGGUCGGGUUAUGGUACUAGGAGUUUUUUGUUGAUACAGAACAAUCCUCGCGUGGUAUUGUAUUGUACAUUGAAAGCUAGAUAGUUGAGGUGACCUAGCAGGGAUCGCAAACAUGCCCUUACGCGGACGGCGUC